AGAAACAUACUUUUGGGUUUUUGAUAAUGCUUUGUCCACUCCACUUGACGACUGACUACAUAGUAUAUACUUAACUCUCUAUCUUUGUCUCUCUUCCACAUCUCUACUACAAUUUAAAGCUCAUAAGAACUCUUCAAUUUCUUGCACUUUUUUAUAUUGUGGUCGGACUCACAAAUUAAGAGAAGAAACCAAUCAAUGGCACCGGAGGAGAAAGGCACGUGUGAGCCGUGCAAGACCUUUGGGCAAAAGUGCAGUCAUGUCGUGAAGAAACAAAGAGCCAAGUUUUACAUUGUUCGCCGUUGUAUCGCCAUGUUAGUCUGCUGGCACGACCACAACCACGACCGCAAAGACUCUUGAUUAUUUUCUCUUAUUGGAUUGUCAUCUUCAUAUUUUAAAAAUAAUAUAUAUCUACAUAUCAAUGUGCAUACGUAUAUUAGAGAAGAUUGAAUUGUGAUUUGUGUUUUGUUUUGUUGGUUCAAAUGGGUAGCUUUUGGCCACGUUUUUGUUGCAGUAAGUUUUACUAUAUUUUGUUAAG